GGUUAUUAUCUAAUAUAACAAGUACGGUGAAUUAUUUAAGUUGACGUUUAACGUUUUCUACGCGAGAUUACAAACAAUGAUAUCGGACUAUAAUUAAUUAUCAGAUGUAAUUAAUCGUUUGUGACAUCUCCGACUGAUCGUAUCAAAAUGCAUGUGAAGAAAUAUAUUCAUCCGAGAAACAAAUAUAAGAAACCACCUGAUUACAAGAAGCUUGCGAUCAUGUAUCCGGAAUUCCGUAAAGUUGCGGUCACGGAUCUCACAGGAAAAGUCAGGAUUGAUUUUCAAAAGAAGGAGAGUGUUUGUGUGCUCACAGAAACACUUUUGAAGCAUGACUUUGAUCUACAUGUAAAUAUACCACCCGAUAAAUUGAACCCAGCAAUUACAUUACGUAUGAAUUAUAUUCUGUGGAUCGAGGACUUGAUGAAGCAUUCUAACCUAAUGAUGGAUAGGGUCACAGGAAUAGAUAUUGGCACAGGAGCAAUUUGUAUAUAUGCUUUAUUACUGACUAAGAUCUAUAAAUGUCACAUGAUUGGCACAGAAGUGGACAAGGAGAGCAUAGAACAUGCAGAAAAUUGCAUAAGAAGGAACAAUCUGCAAAACUUAAUCAAAAUAAUUUCAGUGAACUCGGAUAACAUUUUUAAGGACGCGGUGGAAGAAGAUCAGGUUUACGACUUUUCCAUGUGCAAUCCCCCCUUUUUCGGGAACGAAGAGGACGGUGAAAGAGUCGCAAAGGCUUUACCGCCAAGGAACGCGCCGACCGGAAGUGAAGGCGAGCUGAAGAUUGAGGGUGGCGAAGUGGCGUUUGUGACAAGGAUGAUUGAGGAGAGUGUCGAGCUGCGAGAUCGAAUAAAAAUCUACAGUACAAUGAUAGGAAAGAAGGCAGACUUGCUUUAUCUUAAGAAAUUGAUCAAGUCUAGCAAUAUAGAGAACUCGACGUGGACGGAAUUCUGCCAGGGUCACACUACACGAUGGGGCCUAGCCUGGAGCUUCCUACCGAAAAACGUCGUGGACUUGAACAUCGCACCUGUUAUUAGAAAAAGCGGGAAAUCCAUGGUGCCGCCCUUCAAGGAUUACAAGACCUUGAUAACGUUUCCUGUGAAGGACAAAUUUUCCUCUAUGGAUGAUGUGACUUGUUUCCUAAGUACAAUAGCGAAAGAAUUGAAUAUUAAACUGCAAGAAGUACCGGUUCCAGAGGGCAAUUUCGACGGCUGGGUGUGUCGACUGACCGCCAAAGAGAGAACAUGGGAGCACGCGCGCAGAAAACGGCGAUUAGCACAACAGCUCGCGUUGAAGAAAUUGAAAAAUGCAGAAUGCACCGAGGCGAACGUUCAUACGGUAGAGACUUCAGAAACGGUACCUGUCGCGGAAGAAUCUUCAUCUAGCAUAACACUUGUUGCGGAAGAGAACGUCAAGCAUGCUGAUGGAAAUUCACCAGAAGAAACGUUACCAGUGGGGAAAGAAAGAAAUGGUGAGAGUUCGGGAAAAUCCGUUCCUUUGCUCACCUGCGAGCUCUGGGUGGAGAUCGAAAGCCCGGAAAUCGAAGAGACAAUUCCACAAGAUGACGUAUUCAAAAUGUGGAUGAUCUUCAAGAACGGCAGCGGCGGUUUGGAGGCGUUGCAGUCGUUGCGGCAGUACCUGAUAAACAGACUGGAAGUGAAGAAAACGGAAUCUCACGAUUCGUCGAAGCCAGCCAAGAAGAAAAGAAAGAGGACGAAAAAGCAUCCUGGCGAAGGUGUUGUCGAAACAAAUCAAUCAUAAAAUAUAUUAUUUACGUUGCUCUCCAAGAGAGAGUAAAACUCGUAACUCAACCAAGUGCUGUCCGUUAUAUAUAUAUAAAAUGUUUUAUUUCAUGCGACAUAUAAUAACGAAAAUCCAUAUGAUGGUUGGUAAAUUCAUCAAGUUUAUAACUUUUUAUUUUAUAUAUGACAUUGCUCUACUAAGCCAAACGGGCGUACGUGAGGAUAACGUUGAGUUUAUUGUUCGUAUUUCCUAAGUGAAAAAAGGCAAAUCUUGAAUGAAUGAUUGCGAGAGAGAGAGAGAGAGAGAGAGAAAGAAAGAGAGACACAAGCGAAUUAAUUAUUUCAUAUUAUUUAUUCCGACCGAUUUACAAAAUCUUUAAUACUGAGAACAUGAAAACUGAAGAUACGCCCUUUUGGAUUAGAAGGGCAGAGAAAUAGGUCUUAAUCAGCUAUAUUCCUUCCUUUAUAGUACAACUUGGCUAACAAGUGCAACAUAAUAAUUUUGUUAUUAUUAUUGCGACGCGAAUGAUAGCCUGUCGAGAGAGAGGGGAGAUUGUACGUCGUGAUGAUACAUCACUUCGCACAGCGACAAAAUGAUGGUUCGAUCGCUCGUUCAAUCCGUUCUUACUACUAUUACAGGCAACGGUGCUCUCUUCUUUCUCAGGCCUAAGUUGCUUAAAAUCUAUGACGGGGGGGAUCAACGAAAUUAAUCGGCGCGGUUUUCUUCGGUAAUCAAUGAUACUUUGUGAUAUUACUUUGGAUUACGACUUGCUCGUUGAUCAAAUCGAGACAAAUCAUUUAUGCUUAUAUGUGUAUAUGCGCCGGGAGAGAAAGGGAGGGGAGGAAAGAAACGUCCAACCAAACCGCGGAUAGAUCUAUCAGAGCACAACGAACAAAAGUGGGUAUCAACAGUUUGGUAAUAAUCGAUUCUCGUUCUCCCUUAUGAACUAGGCUAUAAUUGCGAAAACGCUAGCGAUCUUCAAGUCGAACUACUAUAGCGGCAACUCCACUAACGAUCGGUUACCGCAUAUUGAUGAACUAUUGAUGAACAUGAUCGGGAUAUGCCACAAUGCCAUUCAUUGUGCCGUACUUUUAUUAUCACCACGUCUUCGAGACCGAGAUUAUCAAGGGGUUGUGUGCGUGUAUGUGGUAUGCGGUGUGCAUAGUAAACACCUUACAAUAAUUAAGUAUAUCUAUAUCAAGGAUAAAACGCGCUUGAGACGAUCUAUAAUUCGGAACGGAAUACUAUUUACAAUUUUACAUGCUGUGUAAUGGAAAAAACACUCGAAGACAUUUGUAUUGUACAGUUAUAAAUAUAACUGAUUUCCAUCGAAUGGUUUCUGCAUUAUACGACGCAAGAACAGAAUUCAAACAGAAUCCUGUCGCGAAUUAUAGAUCUAAAAAAAAUCCGAGAUUAUAUAUAUAUAUAUUCGUGAAAGUAACAGGAAGCACACUUUCUCGAGCGCGAAUACAGUUGAACCUUUAAUUUGACACUAGACAUUUUUUUCGGAAAAAUUUAAAAUAUAGCGUAUAUAAUACAUCACGUGAUUUCUUCAGCGUCUGUGUGACACAAGUUCUUUUGGAUAAAACUGCUACUUUUGUUAGAACACGUUACAGGCACGUUAAAAUAUUCGAGAUCGUUGAAACUUGAUCGCGAUCUCUCAGCCGUCUUACAUAUAAACCCGAACGAAUUGUAUCUCGUGAAAUCAGAGUGUCAAAUUAAAAGCUAACAAACUGAAAGAAAGAUCUUCUUGUUGGCGACGAUUCGAGUCGAGCAAUACGUGACGAUGAUAAUGGUGGAAAAAAGAAAAACAAUGAUCUCACAAAAAGGCACUAGUAUAAAAUUCAACGCGGAUUAAAAUAACACGUAAAAGGAAAAUGAUAGAUAGAUAGAGAGAGAACAACCAGCUUCCGGAAUCUGAUACGAAUUGCGCUGUUUAAUCGUGUGUAUCGAAUGUUAUCGAGUGUUGACGGAUUCGUCGGUCCGUUCAUCAAUGAUCACUUAUCGCCGUUGCGUUCUUGCGAUGAAUAUAUUCGAGCUCUCGGCGAAGUUGCGCGUACAAUUGGAGAAAAUCAUAUUGCUCUUUGAUCUCGCGACGAGUCCUCCGAACAUCUCGUCGCCAGCUACCUAACGCAGUCGCGUCGAAUGAUUCCCGGACGACAUGGCACUCCAUUUCAUUAUGUACACAUAUAAUAAACGAGUGUGUGCGUUUCGCGAGCUCGA